GGUACAUUCUCUCGUGUACCUAAUCUACACAUUUCUCAACUUUGAUGCCAUUUCAUUCUGAUCCGCGACGUUUACACCCCAGUCCUUGCCCUAAAAUUACGUCGCGAUUCGUAAACGAAACCCUCGAUUUCUUCUUCUCCUAUCAAAAGCGCCUCGAUUCAUAUACCCAUGAUUUUCCAUGUCAGCGCCAAGCUCCCCUGUUCGAGAGUCUAACGGCGCUGCUCAAGCCGCAGCAGCUCCUCCGCCGCGCAGUUCCUCGACGGCUACAUCCAAUCCCGAACUCGACCUUCCCAAGCUCCAGUCGCUUCCUGCCGAACAACAGGAUCUCUUUCUACUGAACUUUGUCUCUUCCUUGAGCAAACAUGUUCACGGCUUGGCUGCAGAUGACUGCACUGCUCAGCAGUUCUAUCUCAAGAAAGAAGUCUUUCAGAUUAUCAACCUGUCGACCCCCUCCCCAAGUCGAGUAGUACGAAUAAAUCUUGGCAAGAUACUUGCAUACGUAUUCGGCAAUGGCGACAGGAAAUUGCUUUUCGAUACCAUAAAUGAGCUGGUCUCUAUUAUAUCCAGUGGGAAAUCCAAGACCGAAGCCGAAAUUCGAACGAGACAUGCUGCUGUCAGUUGCCUGGGCGAUGUAUAUGCUUCUGCUGGUGAUAGCGCCAUUGGUUUGCACCAGAUGGCAUGUGGUGCUCUCGUCAAGCUACUCAAGUCCUCUCAGACUCACGCCGGAUUACGUGCAGCUGUCCUCGUUGCUUUAACUAAGAUCGUGGGCAUGGUGCAGACGAGUCUGGAUGAGAGUAUUGCCAGGGAUAUUUGGAAGCAAGCACGAGGUGCGGCAUCUGGCGAUAAAGGCUCACUGAUCAUUGUAUCGGCCUGCCGUUGUUUGAGGGCUCUAGCCAGACAUACCUCGUACUUCGAAAAUUCAAGCGACUUUGAGAAUCUCAAAUCGACCAUUUUUAAAACCAUCGAUUCUAAUUCCUCCCCCGUAAGACAUGCCGCUGCCGAUUGUUUAGCCGAAGCUAUGGUUAAAAAUCAUUCCGAGUCUACAGCAGCCGCCAGUUCGAUCCCAAAACUUAAGAGGUCAAAGACUAAAUCUAGUAAAAGGGCUUCUAUCCAACCUGGAGUUGGGCUUGACGAGGAUGAGGAUAUCCCUUCUCGGCCUGGCAGCCCAGCACCUGGGAAAAGAAGCCAGGACCUUGUGCUUUCGCUUAACGACAUCUUCAAGACAUUGACCACUCAAUACGUUCGGCUUUCCACCACCAACAGAGCUAGAGCUGCCAUCGGCGUCUGCUACGGAAGAGUUUUAAAGCUAUUGGGAGAGAAGUUUGUCGAAGCCAAUUACUUGAGAAUCACAGAGAGCUUGACUGUUGACCUAUUGGGUCACCAAAAUAUAAUCAACAAUCGAUAUCGAUUACUCAUUUCGCGCCGUAUCGUGGAUACGGUCCUUCAAGUCGUAAUUGGCCGCAAGAUCCUCGGUGAAUCAGGUCAAAUGGCCGUAGCGAAAGUGCUCAUCAAUGAUAUUUUUAAGAAUUAUCCCCAGGCUCUUAAAGAACGACCCGAGCCAACGAAGCAUACCUUAAUUGCGGCUCUUGGUUCGGUCGCCUCGCUCAUUAGGUCACUUGGAUCCGCUGCGAAUAACUUCGCAGAGUCUUGUCGAGACGGACUCUUGCAAGUAUUGCAACACCCAAGCUACAGCGUCCAGGUCGCCGCCUCAUAUUGCAUGAAGACGUUCGUUCUUGCGUGUCCGCAACAACUCUUACCAUGCUUGUCUGUCUGUAUGAAUAGUCUUAGUAGAGAAAUUUCUCUGCUCGGGGGCGCGCGAAAUUCCCCAAGGAGAUGUAUUGGUUUUGCUCAUGGGUUGGCUGCAACGUUAAGUGUUAGCCCAUCACGUCCUUUAUACGGUUCCCUUGAUAUCAAUAAUCGAGUAUAUUCUAUGGCUACCAACCUUCUCAAAUCCAGCGGGCAAUCCGAACUUCGUGUCUCGAGCACGCAAGUCCAGGUCGCAUGGAUUCUCCUUGGCGGUCUUAUGUCUCUAGGACCUAAUUUUGUCAAAAUCCACCUCUCUCAACUGCUCGUUCUCUGGAAGAAUGCUUUACCAAAGCCACUCGCCAAAGAUAACUUCGCACAUCGCAAUAUUCUCGAAGUCGCUUAUCUAACCCACGUCAAGGAAUGCGCCUUAGGCUCCAUUCUUUCAUUCCUUCAAUUCAAUAGUCGUUUAUUGACAGUUGACGUAUCGAAGCGUAUCGCCACAAUGCUUCAAAAUACCAGUGUAUUCCUUAGGAUGCUUCCCUCGAAGAAAACCACAGACGAUAUUUCUCAAAGGUUAACUCCUGCCUUGCAACUACAAGACCUCGACAUGAUGGUCCAGCGGCGAGUAUUGCAAUGCUACACUAUGCUAGUGAACCAAAGUCCGGCUGGAGGCAGCGAGGCGUUAUUGCAAUCCAACCUUCUCACGCUAGCUAUAUCCCUAUUUGCGGAUCCUGAGAACUAUGGAACCAAUUCUCUGAGUGCGUCCAUUGCCACCGCUGCUGGUACAUUCGAAACUAUUUGGGAUGUUGGUGAUAAUUCUGGCUUCGGGGUAAACGACUUAGUUCGUGGAUUCAAAGUCAAGAAGCUUCCUGGGGAAAAGGAUGAUGACUCCGACAAUUCGCGAACCGACGAAGUCGAUCCUGAUGAAAUUGUUGAUAACCUACUUUUGUCACCAAUUUGCCCAUCGCUGGAACACGACGCUGCUGUUCUCUACGCAGGCGAACCAGACCCAUCCAUCAAUCUCCCAGAUCCCCCAGCCACUGAAGUGGUGAACAUGGCAAUCCAACUAUUCGCUUUCGUCUUUCCUCUUACACCAGCCAAAGUGCAAGAAAGUGUUCUCGAACAAAUUGCAACGUUCAUCUCAGCUGGUUCUUUGCAGCGCGAUCCUGGCCGUAAGGCAGCGAUCAAUGUUAACGUCGCAAGCGCGUUAUUCCUUACUCUAAAGGUGGCAGUCAAGGAAACACAGUCAUCCCCUGGAAACGUCACCAAUAUGGCGGUAGAAAAAUUACUUCAAGAAAUGGCCAGGAGUUUCGUGAUUGAUCCGGAUCAAUAUAUUCGUAGCUUAGGUUACGGCGCCGUCGCUCGUCUCUGCAACGCGUGUGGCAAUGCUUUUACUAACCAUGAAGUAAAGCACUUAGUCGAUACCAUUGUUGGUAAUCGAGAACCUAGUGCCCGAGCGGGAUGUGCUAUGGCUCUGGGUUCUAUCCAGGCGAAGGUGGGUGGUAUGGGUGCAGGUUAUCAUCUCAAAACCAUCACUGGUAUUUUGAUGUCUCUCUGCAACGAUCCUCAUCCGACAGUACACUUCUGGGCUCUUGAAGCAUUAGCUGAUGCCGCUGAUGCUGCGGGUCUUGGGUUUUCGCCAUACGUUUCCGGAACGCUAGGCAUGGUAUCUCAGCUAUAUCUCUCGGAUACUCACCAUUCCGAGGUGUCUUCAGCUAUUUCUAUGAGUUUAGAAAUGGAAUUAUCUACGACAGCCGCCAUCACACGCUGCAUUGACUCUCUGAUCAAUGUGGUGGGACCGGACUUACAAGACUCGACCAAAUCACGCGAGCUAAUUCUCACUCUUGUCGGCCAAUUACAAAGUGAGGAUGACGUUCUUGUGCAACGGGAAAGCUUAGGGUGCUUGGAACAUCUAUCAUUAUACGCCCCUGGGCAUAUGGUGUUCAGUGAUUACGUUAAAACCCUUCAAAAGUACCUCAACUCCGAUAUUCCAGGCCUUCGCGAUGUCGCGGUAGACGGUCUUUACAAUCUGAUGAAGAGGGAUUCUCGGGAUGUAUUAGAAGCUGCAAACCCUGGUUUCGAGGAUCAACUUUGGCUUGUACUAGAUAAAUCGCCUAGUCACGAUGGAAUCCGUAAUGUCAUUCGGAACUGGUUGCGUCAGACCUCGUUAAACGAAACAGGUGCUUGGCUUUUACGCUGCCAAAACGUACUGAAGAUGACGAGGCUCAAGGCCACCGAAGAUUCACGCGGUGCUGAGAGAAGACCAACUACCACUGUCGAUCUACAGGACGAAGAAGUUGCUGGUUUUGCCGCGGCCGCGGGCACUGCUAAAGAUGAUAAAGAGGCUCCUUCGAGUUCCGAAAUGGAACCACUACGCUGGCAAGUCAGGACUUUCGCAAUAGGCUGUAUUAAUGACAUAUUCAUCCUAAUCGGGAAAGACGUCGCCACAAAUGGCGAGUCUCCCGCACAAUCUGAUCUUCAAGCUAGGAUCGCCGAUGUCAUCCGGAUGGCAUUUUCAGCCUCAACAUCUAGUGUUUUAGAACUAAGAAUUUGGGGGUUGAAGAUAAUCGGCGCUGUUCUGAGAAUGUUCGGCAAAACACCAGAUCCUGAUUUUGACGAGGCAAUGCUUCUUGAGCAAUACCAAGCACAAAUCAGCUCGGCAUUAACGCCCGCUUUUGCUGCAGACUCAUCUCCUGAAUUGGCCGCAGAAGCCGUUAAUGUUUGUGCCGCAUUUAUCUCCACCGGUAUCGUAACAGACGUCGACCGCAUGGGCCGCAUCCUGAAGACACUCGUCACUGCUCUGGAGAAUUUCUCGAAAGAGACGGAGAACGUCGGAAUCGGCGAUCUCAAGGGUCUUAGUUCCAACGCCCAAGUAAUGGUUAAAAUGUCCGUCUACUCAGCCUGGGCAGACCUUCAGGUAGCCAGCUCGGAGCAGAAGUACUUGCUAGAUGUAUUAAAGCCUCACAUCGGUACUUUGACGCCAUUAUGGCUCGCGUCCCUACGAGAGUUCGCUCGGUUGAGGUUCGAGCCAGAUAUUUCAAUGACUUUGGGGCCCCCAUCUAUGUCUGGUAGCUUGGAUACCAUCUAUGCAGCCCUUAACCGGGAGACACUUCUUAGAUUCUAUCAAGAGUCAUGGCUAAAGUUGGUCGACGCUAUUGCGAGUCUUAUUGAGCAAGAUAGUGAAUUCGUUUUCGAUGCUUUAGACGGAAAGGAGGCGGACGCAUCAAGCACGAACGGGCAUUCUAAAAGUGCUGAUAUCAAUUACCGCGAUGAGCCAGUAGCAUUCUUUUUCGUCCUUUUCGGUAUCGCCUUUGAAGCACUUGCGACGAGGUCAGGCCAAACAGACUCGUUGGCCACCCAAGAACAGACACUGGAGAUUCUCCAGGCUCUUAAGAAGAUUCUGCAUCCGAGUGUUUCGGGCCAUGCCAUUUACCGGGAGGCUAUUUUCUCCGAGACCAUGGACUUGUUAGAUCGUCUUGUCUUAACAGAGGGUCUCGACGUCCAGGGAGUUAUCGUGGAAAUCGCCCGUGCUCUUUGUGUCGCCCACCCCUCCGCGAGGAAACAGGAACAGUCCGAAGAUGGAGACUUGAGCGAAGAUAUCGAGCAAUUAUUCGAACUUACUAGGAUUAUUGUCCUAGUUCUCUCCGGAUUAUUACCUAACUUAACCGAGGCGAACCAACCAGUGCGGCAUCAUCUCACUGAGGAGUCUGUCCUUCUUAUAAGAACAGGACUCAACGCGAUUGUGGACGCGGCUGAGGUGUUCCCAGCUAUCAUUAAGACCGAUUUGCACGCAUGUAUUAUCCAUAUAUUCGCCACUAUACUUGCAACCCCUUCCUGCCAGGAGGUUAUCGUUCCUCAAGCCCUACCGAUAUUCCGAAGGUUUAUGGCAAGCAUGUCCGGUUCCCGUAGCGCAGCAGAAGCGAAAUCUGCUACUGAUAUGCAAGUUGUGGGCUGUCUACGCCGAUACUUGUCCAUCUACCUAAACGCGCAAAAACGCGAGGCUCCGACUUCUUUGCAGUGCGUUAAGAAUUGUUUGCUUGCAAUUACGAUCCUUUUCACUAGUGGAAGUAAUCGACUUGCGGCUAGCGAUCGUCUCGUCGCGAAAUACCUAGAUGAAGUGGUUGAUUGUCUAACAGAUCGCAUGACAGCAAAAAUCGUAGCGAACUGUAUUCGAUCUCUCUUACUACAACCUUCUCCGACAUAUGCCGAUCAGUCAAUUGCUCGCUAUCUUCUUCCUCGCCUAGUUGCUUUUGUGGUAGAUACGGAACCGGAGGAUCCGGAGGACGCGCGCAAGUUGGUAGCACACACAUUGACGCAGUAUGUGGUGACACUAGGAAGUGGCCACGCUCAAAUUGCAAUGUCCGUCGUAGCACCGGCUUUGCUCUCUCGUGCCGCUAGUGAAGGGGCCGAGGUGUAUCACGAGACGAGUACAAGGCUAUUAGAAUUGGCCUCAACGGAUCAAGCCGGAUUUAGAGGUGUUGUAACCGCAAUGAGCGAAGGGCAAAAAGCUUUCAUGGAGGAAGUCAUCCGUGCUGGCCGACAGACAGGUGGCCCAGCGAAGGACUCUAGUAACACGGGUCAACCAACCAUCGCGUUGAAGAUGAAUUUUGGCAAUUAAAUGAAUACUUUGAGGUGGUCAGUUUUGGGGGCGAUGAUACCUAUAAGUGGAUAAUAUGAGUAUUCACGACGAUAGGUGCUACGAUCAGGGUCGUGGGAAGUAUUAGGAAGCUUAUCAUAUGUUCAACAUAUCGAAUACCUGGAUUAGAUAACUAGCACGUUCUCGUCCUAGUAAAAAAUUAUUUAUGCUUAGAUACUGCUCUAUUAGGGUAUAUAAUGGUGCUCGUUCGUGUUUGGUAUUUAAGCUCUGGGUGACUCAAUGCGGACCUAUGUAGUACACGUACCCAGGCAAUUAUACUAGGACAUAUCAAAUCUUAUUAUAUCGAG